AUGGCCUACAAGAGUGUUUGCUGUAGAAUGCUUAAUGAAGAUCAUUUCUGCAUGUGAAGGCGGGGAGGGACAAUUUGAUCUACAACUGGCAAAAGAAUUGAAGGAAAAAACUGGCAAAAAUAACUUCUUGGUGCUUCACCUCAGUGACCUGAUCAAGAUGUCUUUCAUUGCUGCUACAUCAGAUAGCAAUCAGCUGAGAUUAGCUGGCCUUGCCGCUCUGGAGGAAGUGAUUCAGCGGUUUGCAGCCGUUCCCGAACCUGAGUUUCCAGGCCAUGUGAUCCUGGAACAGUAUCAAGCCCAGGUUGGUGCUGCACUGAGACCAGCCUUUUCCCAAGACACGCCAUCUGAUGUAACUGCUGCUGCCUGCGAGGUGUGCAGUAAAUGGAUAGGAAGUGGAGUGGCCAGAGAUCACAAUGACCUUCGUAGAGUUCACCAGCUCCUGGUCUCUUCUCUGGCCAAGUUAGGCUCAGUUUCUGGAAAACCAAAAACACCUCUCUACAACGAAAGUGCUUCAACCAUGGAAAAGUUGGCCGUGAUCAGAGCUUGGGCAGAGGUGUACAUUGUGGCAGUUGACAGGGAGAAUGAUUCCAGGCAGAAAAGAGAGAUGAGACGGAGCGGUGCCAGCAGCAACAGUGAGGAGGAUGAUGAUGCUUCUGAACUCAAUGGGGAAAGCUUGUUGAGCCUUGUGCAGCCAGAACUGGAAAAUUUAAGUCGUCAUUGGUUUAGUGCGCUGAAGGAUCAUGCUCUUCUCUCACUGCCUGCAGAAUAUUCCAACCAGCUUCCCUCAGAAGGUGGGGCCUUCUACCACCCAGACACAGUAGAAGCAGUUAUUCCUCACUACAGGAAAUCAUGGCCAUCCAUCCUUCAUGGCCUGGCCAUCUGGCUCAAUGACACAGGCUUUGAGUACUCCACCUUGGAGCCGAGCGACGACAAGGACACAGGCAGGUUGUUACUGGGAGCUUCAGCAGCUCAGGCAGCCAAUGCUCCUGCCAACAUGCGAGCCAGGUCCAUGAAUCAAGACAGGUUCUUCCUGAUUUUAGGAAUUAGCAUGGAAGCUCUGUGUAACUCAGCCUCACGGCUUGAUGACAGCACUGUCCAGCAUUGUCUGAAAGCUCUGAAGGCAUUGCUGGGAUCUGUGUGGCCUCGCUGUCAGCUGGGCAGGGAUGCAGUCUUAUGUAGAGAACUUCUCAAUGUUAUGCACAGAGUGGUGUUAACCAGAGAAGGCGUGGAGAACCAUCAGCUAGCUGUGGAUGUUGUCAGGCUAGUUGUCACUGCAGCCAAAGAAAACCUCCAGAGCCAGAGAGCCAAACUGAAAGAAUCACCACAUGAAGAAAGAGAAAAAGAGCAGUCCUUUGAAAAGCCAAACACUGUUAUUGGAGAAGGUGGCCUCACAGGGGAUUUCCCGCCAGAAACAUCGAUUGUGUUCGCUACCCUAGAGGCCUGUCUCUGUGCAAUAGUCAAACAUUUACCAGCCCUCAACCCAUCCUCCAUGAGUACUGGGUUCCAACCACCAGCACAUUUGUCCAAGUUUGGAUCAGAGACCUUUGACCUGAUUGCUGAUGUCAUGACCUUGAUGGUGGACCUUGUAGAGUUGUGUUCCCCUGUUGGUUCUGUAACAAUAUACCAACUGUGCCUUCAUUUGAUUGUGGAAUUGUGA